AUGUACGACUCAUGCUCUUCUGUCGAUGGUGAAGGCGGGUUUUCCGUCCCUGUCGAUAAAAAAAAUAUACCCGCACGCAAAAGCAUGAGAUCCCUCUUUGCACAGGAUGCGCUGCAAUCGAAACAGGGUGUUACUUCCUUGCGCUACGAGGAUCAAAGUAAGAAAAACAAGAAUGUGUCACUUUCUGUCAUGGAGGGAAAUAGUGCGCCCGGUUACCCGCCCAAUGCUCCAUCACCCCUGCAGACCGCUGUACAGGCGGUGACAAUUGCAUACAGCGGCGACACGUCGAUGGGGGCAUGUGUAGUCGCCGUUUGUGUGCCGCACCCAAACGCUCCGAUUGCCACUCCGCUUAUUGCUAUUGUCGACCGCGAAAAACGUCCACGGUGUCGUGUUCCAAUGGAUGGAGGCCUGCAAUUUCUGCAGAAUGAAUCUUCACCGCAGUAUGCCUCAUUAUAUGAUCCUAGCUUAGGCUCUCACUGGACGCUCAUGUUUAAAGGACGGCGAGAAUGCACAGAGUUUUUUUCAGCCGUCCACACCACAGUUCACUAUACGGAAAUAGACAUUGGCGCUGCACCACGUUUUGUUGAGUGGAAUAAUGAAACGAACGCUGAAGAAGGAGUACUACAAGUGAAACUUGCCAGUGGCGAUGUCGCCUCAAUCUCCUAUAUGGCCUGGCUGCUUCGUCGGAUGCCUGGCACUCGUUUUUUUUCGAUUGGCAAAAUGGUCGAAGAAGUUCCUCCAGAGGCGCCAUGUGAGGUAUUGGUUGGCGAUGGUAGUCUGAUGGCGGGAAUUGAAGAGGCCCUUGUUGGCAUGCAGAGGGGCGCCUCACGAUUAGUGUUUGUGCCGCCUAAGAAGACGAGUAUUCGGAUGGGCAUGGGCAAUCCGGAGGUCUCUCCAUCUGACACGGUCGUGGUGCAUCUCACCUGCCAGGAUGUCGCAGUGCGUUCUGACAUGCGAGGUGGUCACAAAGCAACGGUGGCUUCUCCUUUGGAAAAACGUUUUUCCAACAGUGGGACGCAGGCUAAAACAACGUCACCAGCGCCGGUUACGCAAACUGAACCCUCGUCCAAGCCGGUGCCGGAUGCCCCUGCGGUUGUGGGAGGUGAUCUUAGUACUCUUUUGCAGGCCAUUCUUCUACAGAUGCUUCAGCAACAGCAAAAUAGUAGUGGCAGUAGUAUUAGUAGUAGCAAUAAUACCAACAACAACAAUAAUAGCACAGGAUGUGACUUUGGUAACGGCGUCAGUGGGCAAUGGAGUGCCCUGGAGCGCAGCAUUGAUCGAGUUCACAUUCAACUAUCCUCGCUUUAUGAGAAGAUAGAUCGUUUGGCCAUUGCAGAAACACUCGAAAAGAAUAACGCGGCGAUUGAACGAAUAGUAAAGAGGGUAGUGGGAAAAGCUCCGGCGGGUGAAGUAGAUGUAGAGGAAAUGGCAAAGGACAGGGAUGGGCUAUUGGCCACUAUUGAGCGCCUUAAGAAACGCCUUGAAGAGGAAACAAACAAUUAUCACCGCGCCCUUGAGGCGAUGGGACGUCACAAGGACGAAGUUCACGGUUUAAAAAAUGAUUUGCGCAUUGAACAGGAAACGCAUGAGUCGCGUAUGAGGCAGCUGGAGGAGCAUAAUCGCUUGAAGUUUGUCGAGAUGGAGGUGCGGCACCGGCAGGCAAUUGAACGUGUUGCCGAAGAGAAACUUCGGGAGGGCCGCGAAAUAGGCCUUAAGGAGGGUCUGCAGUUGGGCAAACAAGAGGCCCUUGAGGCAGCUGGUGGGCACAGUGAUCGCGAGUGGAAGGAUCGUUUUUUCGCCAGCGAACAGCGCGCACUCCAGUUGGAAGCUGAGAUGCAGGAACGAGAGUCACACCACAUCUCGGAACGAAGAGGCCUACAGGAACAGAUCGACGCAUUGCACGAAAUGACAGAGAAAUUGGAUCAACGCGCGCAGCAUGCGAGGAUAACCCGUCAAACUGGAGUAGAGGAGACGUCACGUCAAUGCAAGCUCCUGCGCCGUGCUAUGAACGCGGCGUACACGCACAUGGAAAUACAACUUUCCGGAAUGGAUGAGACUGUAAAUGUGACGGACGUACUGCAAAUGUUGAUGGUCGCUCUCAGGUCUGAAACAGACACAUUUAUCGACGAAAUAAAAAAGCAAGCGGAAUUUUUUUGUGGAUUGGAUUCCCAAAGUGAGGUUCCCAUGGAGGGUGACAAGUCGAGAGUGCAGACUGACGAAAACGCCUCGGACCAUUUAGAAGCGACCGAGGCAGAAGCAAUGGAUAAGAAGCGAACAACUGCUCUUUUUCCUGGCAAAGAACAAAAAACGUCGAUGACUACAGAGCUGGCUGAGGACGAAUGCGUGAAAAUUGACGAACUGCCACCCGUGCCGCCGCAAGAUUUGUCAUCUUUUAUGUGUGACAAUCCUCCCAAUGUUUUUCUCGAGUCAGUGGAGCCGGUUGCAAAGGAUGAUGACAUUAGCCACGACUUUGUCAGAAAGGACGAGAAUAAAAACGGGGACCUCUGCAAU